CUGAAAUGAGUACAUUUUCUAUUAGGUGUGAGCUGUAUUGACCACCAUCACGUCUUCCUUUGAUCUCAAAUAUGGCUCUGCAGAUCCCCAGAGGCCUUUGGACAGCAGCUGCGGUGGUGAUGCUGGUGGUACUGAGAAGCCCAGUGACUGAGGGCAGAGAGUCUCCACAGGAUUUCGUGACCCAGUUCAAGGGCCUGUGCUACUUCACCAACGGGACGCAGCGGGUGCGGAGUGUGGACAGCUACAUCUACAACCAGGAGGAGUUCGCGCGCUUCGACAGCAACGUGGAGUUCCGCGCCGUCACCGCGCUGGGGCGGCCGGACGCCAAGUACUGGAACGGACAGAAGGACAUCCUGGAGCGGAAGCGGGCCGAGGUGGACACGGUGUGCAGACACAACUACCAGUCGGAGUUACGCACGACCUUGCAGCGGCUAGUGGCACCGACAGUGACCAUCUCCCCAUCCAGGACAGAGGCUCUAAACCACCAUAAUCUGCUGGUCUGCUCGGUGACAGAUUUCUACCCUGGCCAGAUCAAAGUUCGGUGGUUCCGGAAUGACCAGGAGGAGACAGCCGGUGUUGUGUCCACCUCCCUUAUUAGGAAUGGGGACUGGACCUUCCAGAUCAUUGUGAUGCUGGAAAUGACCCCCCAGCAUGGAGAUGUCUACACCUGUCAUGUGGAGCAUCCCAGCCUCCAGAGCCCCAUCACCGUGGAGUGGAGGGCACAGUCUGAAUCUUCCAAAAGCAAGAUGCUGAGUGGCCUUGGGGGCUUCGUGCUGGGGCUGAUCUUUCUCGGGCUGGGCUUCUUCAUCCGUCACCGGAGCCAGAAAGGACCCCGUGGGACUCUGCCAACAGGGCUCCUGCACUGACGAUACCUUGAGAUACUUCAUUCUUCUGUAAUGCCUGCCAUUCCGUGCCCAGGAUUUCCAGUUUCCUCUUUCAUCUUGUAUCUCUUUGAGGUUAGAGUCCUACAGUGAUGACCUUGGAGCCUCGGCCUGUGUGUUUCCUACAUCUACUCAGCAUCUACUUGGGCUUAAGCAGUUUUUAUGUUUCCAUUAUUCCCACCCCCAAGUGUUCAAGAAAAGCACAUUGAAAUGAUUUGUUUAACUAGAGCUUUUAUCAUAAUUAAACAUUUCUAUGUCCUAUCUCUGUCCUGAGCCUCUUUUAA